AUGACGAAAGGAAGUGAAUAUGUUCGUACCUGGAAUGAGGAGGCCGACCUCUCGAAAUAUCUGAGCAAUGAAACAAGAAAGUUCUUGGUCGAAUACACAAAGAUACAGCCAAGGACUAUGGAAAAGCAUAUCAUACACAUUGUCAGUAACAUUUCAGCGAUGGUUGGGAAGACGAUAACCUUAUACCACCAACAGGCUAAGAGAGCAUUUGAAAUCGAAAGCUACCCCUGCUUUCAGAAGUUCAUGUUUCUACACUUCGAUCUCUACCACUCUCCCAGCUACCAGCUAAUCCUGGAGCAGACCAAAGCCGGUAAUUUGUUUCUGGAUUUGGGCUGCGGACUUGGUCAAGACAUACGCCGCCUAGUGUAUGAUGGAGCACCAUCGGAAAACCUGAUCGGGCUGGAGUUGCGACAAGCCUUUGUUAAUCUGGGACAUGAUCUGUUCCAGGAUAAAUCAGAUCUCAAAUCUAAGUUCUUGGUGCAGAGCUUCUUUGCAGACACGCCCGAGCUCAUGAGCCUGGCGAAGAGAGUGAAAGUCAUCAAUUCUGGAAUGUUUAUGCAUUUGUGGGAUUGGGAGAAACAAUCCGAGGUAGCAAAGCGCAUGAUCUAUCUUCUGGCUCCAGAGAAAGGAGCAAUCAUUACCGGUCUUCACUUUGGCAGUCGAUCUGCUGGCAUGUGGGAGGCUGUGAAGGAAAGUCCGAUGUUCGUGCACAGUCCAGAAACAUUGAAAGAUCUCUGGAGGCAAUGUGCACAAGAGACAGGAACCUUCUGGGAGUUCCAGUGCGUUGUUGAAGAAGUUGACUAUUGCCAGGAUCUCGAUUCUGAGGCUUGUAAUUUGAGAUGGACGGCGGAGAGACUAUGA